UGUUGGUCCAGUUUAAAUUUGUGAUGGCCCGUUAGUGACGGAUCUAGCCGCCGCCGGGAGCCUGCUAGUGUGCUACUAGCAAAAACCGACGAGUUUCCCAAAUUGGAGAGAGAGAGAGAGAGAGAGAGAGAGAAGGCAUUGGAGCUGCGAUGAAGCUCUACUUCCACCGUUCUCUGAUUCUACUAUCAUUCUUCCUUCUUGUUGUUUUCAAUCUAUUAGUCGCCGAAGCUGAGGUGAUAACCCUAACAGAAGAAACUUUCAAUGACAAGGUGAAGGAGAAAGAUACUGCGUGGUUUGUGCGAUUUUGUGUUCCUUGGUGUAAGCACUGUAAGAAUUUGGGGUCAUUGUGGGAAGACCUGGGGAAAGAAAUGGAACGCGAGGAUGAGAUAGAGGUUGGACAAGUUGAUUGUGGAACGAGUAAACCUCUGUGCUCCAAAGUUGAUAUCCAUUCAUAUCCUACAUUCAAGCUCUUUUAUAAUGGAGAGGAAGUUGCAAAAUACCAAGGGACUAGGGAUGUGGAGUCUCUUAGAACAUUUGUGCUGGAAGAAGCAGAAAAGGCAGCGACAAACUCACAGCUUGAGAAUGAGAAAGAGUUGUGACCGCACCCGCCAACCAGGAAACCAUUAAAAGCUUCGUCCUUAGGUGGUUGUUAAUCACAAAGUUUUGGGUGGAUAUCCUCCUUGUAUUUGAUUGUGUUUUGUGACUGGAUAUUUGAAUAGAUAAACGGCACCUUAACAGAAGAAGCUUGUUAAAAUGGAUACUUAGAUAAUCAAUUUAUGCAUUAAUUGAUAAUUAAA